GGAUCGUUACAUUUGAAAGAUUACAAUUGGAUGAUAUGAAUGAAAAUGAAAGUAUUUAGUAACUAAGGACUAACCUGAUGCAAAGACCCAAAGGAAAUUUUGGAAGAACAAUGAUUCAGGAUUCUGAUGGUUUGGUAAACAUUAAGGUCAAAUAUGUCUGAACACUGAACACUUUAACAUGGUUCUUCAGUAGCCAUGUAAAAAUCUCAAAUAGUUUUAAGUAAGUUCAAGUGAUACUCUUGUUUGAUUGGAGUUAUUUUCCCUAGACUAAUCUAUAUAGCUAAAUUCACAUGAUGUCAAACUUUACCUUCUGUGAUUUGAAUUUGCAACCUAUAGACUGAAUAGAGAAAAUACUUCUUUGUGGCUCGACUUGAGCUUUCUUGAGUAAUGGUUGCACUUUUCUGGAGUUCAAUUUUCCUGGAUUGUUUAAGCAACCCAUUUAGCUAAAAGGAGACUAGCAGAAAGAAAAAAUUACUUCAACAAACCUAUCUUAUGAUAUAGUCCCUCUGUCCCUACAAUAUUACCCCAAAUGCUUUUACUCACCUUCUAAGAGUUGGGUAAACUCAAAAGCAAGUGUGUAGGUAGAUUCAUCUUUUAUCUAUAUCAAAUAAUUGUGUAUGAGUAGAGAUAAUGUGAGAACCACAAACCAAAUAAAGUAUGGGACAAACAAAGGAGGACAUCCAUUUAUAGUAUACGAGAUAAUAUUUUAAUGAUGUAAGGGCCGAAGGAGAUUCAUCUUUAUAUAUAUAAAAUAAUUGUGUGUGAGUAGUAAUACUAUUUGUCCAAACUCGUGGAGAAGGACCCCUAUCAAAUUUAUUAAAAAUACAUGUCAUGUACUCUCUCCAUCUUAUUUUAUCCACCAUUUUGACUUUUAUUCCCAAUUAUGAGUCUUUGUACUAAUUCUUAUUAUUAUUAUUAUAAAUUCAAAAGCUAUAGCUUUAUAAAAGCAUAGUUAAAGAUGAAUCAAAACCCAAACAGUAUUGACUUUACUUUUUAAUAUCUCUAUUUUGCAGAAUAUAUCUGUCAAAAAAAAAGAGGAGGGACCAAGGGCUGCAAUUAAUUCAACUGAUUAAUACUCCGUAAUUAAUAUAGUAAUUAUAACUGUACAAAAAAGAUUUGCUAUCCUUUUCUUAAUAUUUGGUGAUGGAGUAGUUUGAUUACGCUGGCGCCUGGACUAUCAUCUAAGUAUAAGAAUUCUAUUUUUUUUUUUUGAGAUGCUUUUAAAAUUUUCAUUCCAAAUCCCAACCCACCAUGACUUAUUCAAGCAUGUCUUAUGCCUGAGUUUCACACUGAAAAUUCCAAAAAUAAAAUAAAAAUGGGUAGUAUUUAUUGGAAAAGGCGUAUUGCCGUAUUCUAAUGCAUAAAGUUCAUUUAUCAUUAUGGUUGCUAAAAAGAUUGUGGUGAUGCUUUUAUAGGGAAAAAUAAAAAAAAUCUUUUCUGAUUCAGUUAUUUUUACUCCAUUCUUAACGAAAUAAUCUCUGAACCACCUUUCUAUCUUUCUGUGUUUCAUGGCUGAAGCUCGUUUGCUUCAGUCAGUCCUUUUAAUCUUUCUUUCUGUAGUUGUCUUUGCUGAAGAUGAAACCCAGUUUAUCUACAAUGGCUUCCAAGGAGCCAAUCUUCGUCUUGAUGGGCUUGCAAACAUCCAACCAAAUGGCCUUUUGGUGUUAACCAACACUUCAAACUGCCAAGUUGAAGCCUGUUUUCAAGAAGAGUGGGACAACUACUGCUGCCAGGUGACUGAUGGUGUUGGAGCUGUUCUGCUGAUGAAGAGAAGUGUUGCCAUGCAGAAAGGGCUGCCUGUUCUUGGUGUCUUUAGGACUUUUGCUGCUGUUGGAGUUGACCCUGCUAUCAUGGGAAUUGGCCCAGCUGUUGCAAUCCCAGCUGCUGUGAAGGCUGCUGGCUUGGAACUUGAUGACAUUGAUCUCUUAGAAAUAAAUGAGGUGAGAGUUGGGCAUUUCUGAAGAAAUUCAUGGUGGAGUUUGGGUUGUAUUGAGGAUAUGUUGAUGGAUGCCGGCGAAUGAGUUUGUUGUGAUCUAGUAAUGUUAUGUUUUAUGUUUUUGUUAUGUGUUGUAUAUGACGUUGGAUGCUACUUGGAGCAUAUAUGUGGUUGUUGGAACAUAUAUGUAUGUUAUGUCUUUUAUACAAAUCUUUAUAAAUUCCGUUUU